UUUUAGUCUUGGAUCAUCUGUGAGAAUGGCUGGUUGAUGCCUCCUGCCAGCACAGCGUGGAACACAGUAUUGGUCGUGCCCCUCCACCCCCUUUGCCUAAACUCAGACAAAGUUCAUGUUUUAAAUUAGCCACAGGAGGAGAGCUUUCUGAACCAGCAGCAGCAUGGCCGAGGAACGGGUGCAUUCAGAUUCUAGCAAGGUUGCUUUCGACAUGUCGACCACUCAUGCUGGCGAAGAAGAAAACGCUCCACUUGAUCCAUUAGCUGUAUUAACUCUCCUGGAGAAAGUGGCCGGGAUUGUUGACACUGUUAAUGAAACUCAGCAAAAGAUGCAGCAACAGCAGAUGGAAAUUGAAAGCACCGUUAAGAUGAUACAAAUCGAUGUUGCAAGGCUCCAUAAGGCUCACCUGACGACAGACACCUCGGUGGCAAAGUUACUAGAGAAAACCCGAAAGAUCAACGUUAACAUGAAAGAUGUCAGACAGCGACUGGAUCGAACAAACGCUGAGGUCAAAAAGGUUGAAGGAAACCACAAUGAACUACUGAAAAGGAAUAAAUUUCGAGUGGUCAUAUUCCAGGAAGAAAAUGAAAUUGCCUCUUCCGUCGCCUAUAAAAAACUUCCUAAAGGCAGCUCGGCUGUGGUUGAAGAGGAGCACACUGCUACAGAACACAUGCCACCUCCAGAUCUUUCUUCCGAUGAAGAAUAUGUAUACGAAGAAAACACCACCGCUGCGCGCCUCAAGAAAACUGGCAAGAAGCAGGUGGAUAAUAUCAAAAAAGCUUUUUCCAGAGAAAACAUGCAGAAAACCAGGCAAAAUAUCGGGAAGCAGAUGAACAGGCUGAGCACCACGAUAGUCCCUCCAGAACAGAGAGAGAAGAUAAGGAUUUCAGGAGAGAGGAUCAAAAAGUCCAUCACUGAUUCCAAACCGUUUCAUAUUAAAAAGAAAAAUGAGAGGAGUGGGGCGGAAGGACAGGAAGUUGCUGUCAGAGGGAUAGGAGAAAGUUCCAAGGGUGAAGGCGUCAUGUGCACUGAAGUAGUAACUGCACCGGGAGGCGCUCAAGUCAGCCAGGAUCAUCCCCAAGCGGCGAUUACAAACGUUGCCAAUACCGAAACGGUUGUAGUGACAAUGGAAAGCAAAAACGAAGAGGUUGUACCUGCGACAGCCGAAGUGAAGCAGAACCCUGAGUACAGUUAAACGUAGACCUGAAGCUGCACUACUUGACAGCAGGUAGAAAAUGGGAGAAUAGCAAUUCUGAUGUUGACCCAUCGAUAAAACGUUCUUGUCUGUGAAAUCAGAUUCACCUGAAUAUUGAGAUAAUUGGUUUUCAGUAUUUUUUAUUCAAAAACAGGCACGAUAUGUUUGGAUGCCCACAUUUAAGAUGUCAAUCCUCUUACUCACGUCCUGCUAGCAGGCUGACUGAAGUGGAUCUCAGAUGACCGUGGAUCAGUCUUCUGCAUAUUUUCCUAAUAGCUGUAGAAGUGGGUCCAGAGGGAUUGGGAAGGAUUCACUGAGAUUUGUUGCCCCUUGACCCUUCUCCUCUAACACCCUCUCCCCCCCGCCCCCAAGCAACAAAAUUUUAAAUUAGUAAAGAAAAGUUUGCAUUCAUUAAAAAUAAGUAGAUCUUCAAAUAAGGGCGUCAACGUUUAAUUUUGUAUCUGUAUUCUUAAAGGUUCAUUUUUUUAUUGGAGCUGAAAGUAGUGCAGUUUAAUUCUGGCCAGUCGCUCAACUGCUAUUCCAUAGCUAUAUCCAGAUCACUUGUUGUCACAUGCCACUUAGUUGCAAGAAGAAAUUAUAGAUAAAAAAAUCUUGCUUGGCUGGUGAGAGUACCGCAUGUGAACUGAGUAACCACAGCUCAGGUAUCUGAAUGAAAAGUAAGUAUAAAGUAAUAGGAAUAUUUUACUUGUAAAUGUGGCGUUACGUGCUAACAUUGUUCCAUACAAAUCCAUGGACAUUUACCAUAUUCCAUCCCACAGGGAAGAUGUUAUUUACUGUGUAAUCGUGAGGCUUUGAAAUAUAUUUCCACAAAGCAAAUAUGGUUUAAAACCCACUUUUAGCUACACAGAAAAAAAAUCAAGACAACUCAAAUAAAAUGUUUUUUCUUUUGCUUCAGGUAUUUUACAAAUACCGUUUUUUAAUACACUUAUUUAACUGAUUUAUAGCAUGUUUUCUGACGUGUUUAGCCUACAUAUUUACAUCAGUAGCUUAGUUGGCUUUCAAGCUGAUAGUGUUUUUAGUUCCUAGAAUUACAGUAGAUAAGAUAGUCUUAUUUAGUUGAAUGUUACCUGGUGUAUUUGUCUAGUUGUUUUGUUGCUAGCAUCAGUUCGCUGUGGUGUGCAUGUGCAAAUAUUAAAUGGUGAUAGCAGUCAUUGAAGACAUUUGUUUUGUUUUCAGUGCUCGAGGCACAACCUGUUCAAAUCCAUGCAGUCAGACAAUUCCUUUGUAAGCCCACAAAGCCAAGGUUGGCGCAUGUACCGACCAGAGGAGUAUUGACCAAUGAUCCCUACGCUCAUUAUGAAAUGCUCACAAACUGUAUGGUUUUGUGAGUUUGAAACAUUUUUAUAUUAAAUAGCUCUAGUUUAUUGAUUGGGCAAACAGAAGCAGAGCAAAUAUGUUGCUUCUCCUAUCACUCCUCUCCUCCCUGUAUGGCUUCACACUGGGUUAGGAUUUCAUGGGUGCUGGCAGCCCUCUGGUACCCGGCCCAUGUGUUCAUUCUUCAUGUGAAAACUGGUCAGCUAUUCAACCAGAGAGACAUCAUAGCCAAGCCUGGCCUGUGCUCAUCUACAGCCACCCAAUAGCAUGUUUCCACCAGACAUAUCAGGAUAGCAUCCAAGAAUGGGAUUUGUCCUGCUUAACACAGGGAUGUUGAGAAUCAAAUAUAGCACGCUCUCCUCCCCCCAGCCCCUCACGCACUUCUGGGUUUCAAAUCCUUGUCUUUUAAUAGUGUCUAGAAAGGGAAGAGUAAUGGAGGGAAUCUUAGGCCAAAUUGUAGUAUUUUCUCCCUUUCCCUUCCCUUCCUAUUUUAAACUUUGGUUUUAAUCCUUCUCAUGUAUCCCAGCCAACAGGACAGGUUGGAACCCUGAUCCCAGGCUGCUCUAGAACAAGUAACAGUGCACUUUUUACAUUUAUUUUCACUCUUGACGUGCAGUAUAAAGGAGAUCCCAGGCAGCAAGAUUUGCAGGUGGACAAUUGCUUCUGGCACUAACGGGAAGAGAAAUGGCUUAGCUCUUUGCACCAGCUUUACCCUUCGGUGCAGCUUCACCUUUGUAUCGCUCGCAAUGUACAUUUCAUGCUUUAUUCGUGUGUUUUUACGGGUUGCUCCAAAACAUCUGUGUGUUGUGAUGUUACUAACUAGUAUUAGCAAGUGUUGUCUGCUUCCCUUAACCUAUCAUAUUGUAAACCAUGGAACCUCUUGGGGAAGGUCAAAAAAUAUCGUCAGGUUUGUAGUUUUUAAAUGUUUUUUGUGAGGAUUGUCUCUGUGUGUCUCAUUCUUUGAAAUUCUUUCAACUAACUUAUGUACUAAGCAAAACAUUAGCUUAAAAACAAAAUGGUGUUUGAGUGUAUGUGUAUGUAGUCCUCCUUCAUUUCUAGCAUAUUUAAUAUAACAGUAGUUUACAAUCUACUUAAAUAUAUUAUAGGUAGAGCACGGAGGCCGUGAGUUCAAAUGCCACAAUGGUGCCUGUGCCUACUUUUGGGAGCUUGCACAAGUCCCAGGAAAUAUGUGUAAGAGCCAGACGAUGGCUGGGAUGGCUAAGGAGAAAGAAAAGCCAGAGACAUGAAAUCUGAUGAUGGAGAAAUUGAGUGAGACGAAUGAAGAGUGCGUGAGAGAAACAUGAGAGGAGAAAACUAAGAGAGCAAAACUGAAAAGUAGAAAAAUAGUCAACCUGAUCAAGAAAGGUAGAAUGAUAGAACAACCUACAAUGUGGAAAAGAUUUUUUACAUUACAGAGCGAUAGAUGCUAUGAAUACACUCAGAGAGACACCUUACUGUGAACACUAAAGCUAGUCCAGCUUUGCUGUGUCUAUAUCAAUAUUUUGUUCCUUCCCUGGAUCCGAGCUUGGAGAGUGUUCAGGGAUCAUACAAUUUACAUCAGUUCUCUCGUGUAAUCUUCCUUUAUAGGCAUAAUUGAUUACCCACUAAAACAUUACUACAUUUCCCCACUAUUAUAUAUUUGUCACCACAACAUUAGAUUAUUAACACAAGUUAAACACCAAGAUAUCAAAAUCCAUCUCUCCUCUUAACUGUACUAUUUCACAUGUAAAAUGUUACAGUAAAUGAAAUUAGGAGGGUGAGAGUUUCCAAAGUGCUGCAUUCCCUCUCCUUCACUGCGCAGUAUGGGACCUGACCCUUCUACAUGUCACAACACUGCCUCUGAAGGUCAGAUCUGCUGAAGCAAGAAAUGUAACUGUGAAGUGAACAUGGAACAAAAGCUUACAAACAGCGGGCUAAAGCACGGCAAUUUCAAAUGGGAUUCUUUAAUUAAGCAAUCUGGAAGUAGGUCACGCUGAGUUACCAAUGUUCUUUCAGAGAGCAACUCAAUGUUCUUUCAGAGAGCAGAUUCCAUGAGUUGACAUAUUUCCGAUUAGCAGAAGGAGAACUUGCUCGGAUUCUUUGAUAAGGAAUCCUGCAUAAAAUUGUCAUGUUUUGGACCCCAUGGACUAUCAUUUUCAUUUUGUGAUUCUAACCUGCAGGCUUUCUGUAUGUUAUUACAUGGGUGAGGGAAUGGUAUCUGUAUUAUCAGUUCAAAAAGAUCCGAUAUUACCUAGAGGUACAUGAAAGAGCCUCAUAAUAUUCCACAGUUCUGGCUCAAGUAAAUUUUAAUACAUGUUCAUGUUCCUCAUUCAUGCUAUUUAUCAAUGGAUUAUGAUGUAUUAUUGCCUUUGUAAAAAUACUUUAUGGAUCUUGGUAAUAUUUAUUACCGUAUUAAUAGGAUGAGAGGUUGAAAGUUCAUUGGUUAUCUAUCUAGAAGGAGAAAACCAAAAUGGUCUUAUUCCCUUCUAAAUCAUUGAUACUUGGUGGUUAUAUUAAUUAUUGCUUUGGAUGCAAUUUCUAAUUGUUAAAUCAAUAAAGAAAAUAAUACGUACAA